GACGAGUCGUGCCUGUGCUCUGCUUGCGUUUAUUUUGGCUCCGCUACUCAUUUGUGUCCCUGUCGCCGCCAUUAAACAACACAGAGACGAUGUAAACCAUGGAGUGUGACGGAUUUACAACAUGAAUGUCCGAGGUGUGCUUUUUUCUGCCUGAGGUUAACGCGUCUAGAAAGGUAAACAUGUGAGAGAGGAAAGAGGUCGAAAUAACUUGGAUUGGGAAAGGUUUGAUAGAGCAGGAGGAGGAGGACUGGACAGGGAGGGUUUGUUGUGUUCAGCAGCAGCCGAGAAAACAGCACAGCCGUGAGACGCUAGACCUACUGGAAGAAUCCAUGAUGACAGACCAGAGAAUGAAGUGGGCCUGUGACUAUUGCACCUAUGAAAACUGGCCCUCUGCAAUUAAAUGCACCAUGUGCCGUGCACAGAGGUCCAGGGGUCCCAUCAUCACCGAGGAACCCUUCAAAAGCAGUUCUGAUCUGGACCAUGGCCUGGAGUGGGACCCUCCCAGGACAGAGAGUGGCAACAGCCUCCUCAUCUGCCCAGACUCCAGUGCCAGGCCCAGGGUCAAGCCUGCUAGUACUGCUGAGACCACUAAUAAGUGGUCAUGUCAGAUGUGCACCUACUUGAACUGGCCCCGGGCCAUCCGUUGUACGCAGUGCCUGUGCCAGCGCCAGAGGACCUGCAGCUCCACCGAGUCCCCCCAGACCUCAGGUUCCAACGCAGGCUGCCGCCCCACACCCCAUUCCCCUGUCGACCCCUGUGAAGAGUACAACGACAGGAACAGACUCAACACCCACCAGCAGCACUGGACAUGCACAGCUUGCACUUAUCAGAACUGGCCCAAGACUAAGAAGUGUGUUGUGUGUGACCACCCCAAGCCCAACAACCAGGAAGCCAUAGAGAUAGCAGAUUCUGUUGAGCCCUCGUCCAUUAUCAACGAACAGGACAGGGCUCGGUGGAGGGGAACUUGCAGUGGAGGUCAGAUCCAGAGGAGGUCCUCUCCCACCUCCAAGAGAGAGGUGGAGGUGAAAAUGGAUUUCCAGAGGAUAGAGUUAGCAGCCGCAGCCAUGAGCACCAAAGAUGAGCAAGAGGUCGACUUCAAAAAGCUAAAGCAGAUUAAAAACCGAAUGAGGAAAACAGACUGGCUGUUCCUCAGUGCUUGCGCAGGUGUGGUAGAGGGAGACCUGGCAGCAGUAGAGGCCUACAAGUCAUCCGGCUGCGACAUUGCCCGGCAGCUCACUGCCGAUGAGGUGCGCCUACUCAACCGGUCCUCAGCUUUUGAUGUAGGCUUCACCCUGGUCCAUUUGGCCAUCCGCUUCCAGAGGCAGGACAUGCUGGCAAUCCUCCUCACAGAGGUGAACCAGCAGGCAGCAAAGUGCAUCCCUUCCAUGGUGUGCCCUGAGCUGACAGAGCAGAUCCGCAGGGAGAUCGCCGCCUCGCUGCACCAGCGCAAAGGAGACUUUACCUGUUACUUCCUCACUGACCUGGUCACGUUCACCCUGCCUGCAGAUAUAGAGGACCUGCCGCCUGCUGUUCAAGAGAAGCUGUUCAAUGAAGUGUUGGAUCGUGAUGUACAGAAAGAGCUGGAAGAGGAGUCUCCCGUCAUCAACUGGUCUCUGGAGCUUGGCACACGCCUCGACAGUCGGCUCUAUGCGUUGUGGAACCGCACUGCUGGGGACUGUCUGCUGGACUCUGUGCUGCAGGCCACCUGGGGCAUCUACGACAAGGACUCUGUCCUCCGCAAAACGCUCCAUGACAGCCUGCAUGACUGCUCGCACUGGUUUUACACACGCUGGAAGGAGUGGGAGUCGUGGUAUUCGCAGAGCUUCGGCCUACAUUUCUCUCUGCGAGAAGAGCAAUGGCAGGAGGACUGGGCGUUUAUUCUCUCUCUGGCCAGCCAGCCCGGGGCCAGCCUGGAGCAGACCCACAUUUUUGUUCUCGCACACAUUCUUCGCAGACCGAUCAUAGUCUACGGAGUGAAAUACUACAAGAGUUUCCGUGGAGAAACGUUAGGCUACACCCGUUUUCAAGGUGUGUACCUGCCUCUGUUAUGGGAGCAGAGCUUCUGCUGGAAGAGCCCCAUUGCGCUGGGGUACACAAGGGGCCACUUCUCGGCCCUGGUGGCCAUGGAGAACGAUGGCUAUGACAAUCGCGGCGCUGGCGCCAACCUCAAUACGGACGAUGAUGUCACGGUCACCUUCUUGCCACUGGUGGAUAGUGAGAAGAAGCUCCUGCACAUUCACUUUCUGUCAGCACAAGAGAUGGGCAACGAGGAGCAGCAGGAGAAGCUGCUGAGGGAAUGGCUGGACUGCUGCGUGACAGAAGGAGGCAUGCUGGCAGCCAUGCAGAAGAGCUCCCGCCGCCGUAACCACCCCCUGGUCACCCAGAUGGUGGAGAAGUGGUUGGACAGAUACCGCCAGAUCCGCCCCUGCGCCUCUCUCUCAGACGGAGAGGAGGAGGAGGAUGAAGAUGAGUGAGGGAGAGAGCUGGUAACUACAAGACUGGACACCCACUGCAGUCCGUGGGCUCUGGACGAGUACCUUACUAUCAAGAUUUUUUUUUCCUAUCCCCUAAGUGUAAAUUGUAACUUGUAACAAUGCAUGUAUACUGUAAGCUCUGUGAUAGGAAAAAAAUACCAGCACCAAGGAACAGUUUCCUGAUUAUUGCUCCUGUGAAAGCACAUUCUGUAUGCUUUCCUCCUAGUUUGCCCCCCCGUCCUCAGAUUUUUUCCCUUAUUUGUUAUGAAAGUAAUUAUCUCGCAGUACUCAGAGAGAAAUACUAGCACAUAUAGGAACAUAUAUUUAAAGGAAAUCCCGAAGCUGCACUUCAUGAGAAAUUUUAUUUACAGAAAUGCCUGACAGAAAUUUUGCUUAAAAACCGAGAGCAUUAUAAUCCUUGUGUGUCUAUCAAGGUUUAAAAAGCACCUGUUUUCCUGAUCGUUAAUCCCUUUGCAAGCCUUUGGCGAACCCCCCCUCUCCCUCCUCUGAGGUUGGAUUCUAUUUAUUUGUUUAGGAGAGUUUAGCGUGCAGGGGCAAUACCCUAAUUUUGCCCUGUUUUCAUUUUGUGUUUUGUUUGAUUCAUCUAAUCUUGAAGAAUUUUCUGUUGCACAGAUAUGCAUACAUUCUGAGGAGAGAAAAAAAUGUACAAGUUUACUGACAUUUUUAUGUGUGAUUUAGUACCUCAUUUUGAUGUUAGAGUGGGUGGUGGUGAUGCUGGUGGGAAGAAUGAGAAAACCAAACACUCUGCCUCUUUCUAUGGAGUGCAUUAACAUUAAAUGACUCACUCACA